AGUAAGUAGCAAAUACAUAAUAUUACGCAUGUCUAAAAAUAGAUACAAUACAAUGAUACUCUCAUCCUAUUCCAUUUCAGGAUCAUUAAAGAAAAUAGGAAUCUUCACAGGUAGACAAUAAUAAUUAGUCUUCGAAGCUGCGGCAUCCAUAGUAAAGGGAGAGAGAGAGAGAGAGAGAGAGAGAGAGAGAGAGAGAGAGAGAGAGAGAGAGAGAGAGAGAGAGAGAGAGAGAGAGAGAGAAUCAAACAAAAAAACAAAUAUAAGCAUAUACAGAUAAACACACAAAAACAUAAACCGGAAUUGGAAACGUUGGUGAUGUCUUCACCAUUCAGAGAUAAUCAGUCUGGCGAGACAGUGAAAGGUAACCAGAUACAGAAGAAAGCCUGAGAGUCUGAGAGUGGUGGUGCCCCCAUCCCUCCCCUCUCUCUGGAUGAUGACACGUGACUGCUGGCGGGCGUUUCAUGGAUACCGUUGAGCUCUGGCAACUGUGGUGUACGGAGGAGGACGGCGCGUGACAACGUAUAUAAGGCGCGAGUCGGUCUGAGGCUUCACCAUAAGGUUGCUGAUCGUUGCCUUUCCCUCAGCUCAGUUCCCGGAGCUCCAGUCAGUCUGCUUAACGGAUCGCAGUUUGGUGCUUGUGAAGUCUUGACUCCAGGAAGUCACGCCUGAAGCCGCCGCCAUGUCCUCUGGCAGGAAGGGAGACGGCGAGAGCAGCAGCUCAUACUCAACUACUGACACCACCAGAAAGAACAGGUCGCGCUUUCGUCUGAGAAGGAUGAACAGCUUUGACUGCAGCUACGAAGACAUCGAGGUGAGGGAGGAGCGGAGCCCCAGGGAGCUGUCUGUGGAGGGAAGACUGCGAGCACGUCACUUCCACUCUUCCUCCUCUUCCUCGGCCUCAUUGCUGCCGGGACAGAAGUGUCUUCGCUUUUCGGAUGAGUGUUGGUGUGGCCCUGUGAUAGAACACUGUGCUGUGAUCCUGUCCAAAUCAAGACAAAGACAACGAUUCGGUCUAAGAAGCAGCAGCAGCAGCAGGAGUAGCAGUAGCAGUAGCAGCAGUAGCAGCAGUGACAGCAGCAGCAGUAGUAAUACUAACUGUAGUAUUACCAGUUGUACCAGUGCCAGCUGUAGCUACAAUAGUGCCAUGAGCGCAGAGAGACUCAUAGACUGGCAGCGACAACCGUCUGAAAAAGUGAAACACAGGUCGAGCGCCAGUCAGAGCCCCAGCCCACGCCACACCGGAGCCAAGACGAGGCGGAGCGGUCGCAGCUUGUCGUUGGCGGAGAGAAGACAACAACUCUGCUCUUCUACCAGCCUCCCACAAUCCACGGACACGGACUGCACUCCCUCCACCACCUCACCCUCCUCCACUUCCACCUCUACCUCCACCAACGUUUCUCUGGAGAGACGCAGACGGAGGUCACAGUUCCGGAGGGCGUGGUCGCUGUUCUCUCUCACCUGUGACAAGGAAGUGGAGCGAGAGAGACGGGAAAAAUCACAACAAAAGAUCCUCAGACCGCCAACCCGCCACUACUACCGCAGGGGAGCGUCGGGGCUGCCCAUUGAGUGUUCCUCCACCUACCUUGGUCUUGCUUACUGAAAUAAAAGCAGACAUCAGGAAGCAGAAAUGUUGUACCAAAAAUUAUAAUGAAACAAUGGAAGCGUGUCACAAAAAAAGAGUGCCAGAGGAAAACACCAGCGUGAGGGUUAAGUUCGUGGCCACCUUCGGUGCUGCGGUCACAAGACAAUAACUGAGGUGGCAGGCGUUCAAAUGCUGUAACUGUAAGGCAGCUUCCUCCACUCAUGCUGAGAUCUCUAGAACAACCAAAUUCAUUACACUUGGAAGAGAUUCAUCCCGGCUAUCGUGAGAGGAGGCGUUAACCUUUACAACGACUAAACCGCGGCAAGUAAGAGAAACGAAAGAGGAGCGGGAGCAGUGGCCGCGUAAUGCAAUCGAGUCUUGUUCUGCCUUGCCGUCACCGCCGAGUCUGUGGUGUGAGGGGUGAUGACAACAUUUGACUGGAAAGAAACAUAUUAAUAACCCGUGUAUUGUAUUAGAGAUCAUCACUUAAUACUCGAAUCGGUGUCUGUACUCACACAUUGGCAUUGCGUUACAUGUGACCAUGCCUCUUGCCUUCAGCUCUCUGCCUUCUGCCGCUAUAUUAGCUCUUCUACAGAAUUUUUGUAUUGUAAACUUUCUAGUAUAUAUUUGUUACAUGUAUUUUACCAUAUAUACAUAAUUAUUAUUGAUGAUA